AUGCUAUUUUCGACUUCGAAGGAACCAGAAGACCUACAAAGCAAAAAGCCUUCACCACCACCACCAUCUCCAGCACCAGCACUCAGGAAACCGAUCCUCAAUGCCCUCAAAAAGCUAACGCCCCACGAAAAUAUUUACACAGUCCCCAACAUCCUAACCUUCUCCCGCCUCAUCGCCGCCCCCAUGAUCGGCUACCUCGUCCUACACGACUACCACGCCUGGGCCGUCGGGCUGUUCGCCUACGCAGGGAUCACGGAUCUAGUAGACGGUUACAUUGCGCGACGAUGGAAUCUACAGACUGUAGUCGGGACGGUGAUUGAUCCCAUGGCCGACAAGACGCUUAUGACCAUCUUGACUUUGUGUUUAGCUGUCAAGGGGGCUUUGCCUGUCUGGCUCGCAGUAAUAAUCCUCGGCCGAGACAUCCUCCUCGGCAUCUCCGCCAUCUACUACCGCUGGAUCUCGCUCCCUCCCCCAAAGACCUUUGCGCGGUAUUGGGAUUUCAGCCUACCGUCGGCAGAGGUGCAUCCGACUACCAUUAGUAAAUAUAAUACCGCGCUACAGUUGGCGCUGAUUGGCGCUACGACGGCCAUGCCGCUUGUUACGGUUGAUAUUGCGGGGUUUAUGACGGGUAUGCAGUAUCUGGUAGCAACAACGACGAUCUGGAGCGGUGCUAGCUAUAUCUACACCAAAGACGCAGUGAAGAUCCUUAGCCAAGACGACGGAAAGAAGGGCGAGUCACCGAAGGAGAAGAAGUGA